AUGUCUUCCAAAGAAGUGGUAUCAGUCGGUGUCCCUUUGAUCAGUGACGAAGAUGAUGAAUUCCAAGAGAUUUGGAGAAAGGUUCAGAAGUCUGUGCACGGCAUCAAGCGUAUCGAGGACUUCAAAUUCACACCUGACAAGGAUAUUGGCCCAGCCGAUGUCCAGAAGCUGUUGGACAACAGCCAAGACAAUUCCGAGAAGGCUCGAAAGAAAAGACGCGGACAGUCGACGAAGCAGAUAUUCGAUCGGAUUCUAGAAUGCAUUCAGAACCUUGGAGGAAUCGCAGCUGGAACUGCAUCAUACGCUAUCGGUGGACCAGCAAAUCUGUGCUACAACGCCCUCACAUUUGUCAUCGUUGUUUAUCAGAGCUACUCUGGCAUGCUGGCAAGUCUGGCUCACCUUCUGGGAAAAUUUGUUGGCUUCUUCGGGAGACUUGAUAACUAUCGCGACGCACCAAUGAUCGAUAGGAAGCUCAGGAAGGUUGCGAUGAAGCAACUGCACCUGUUUGUCAAGAUCUGCACUUAUACCCUUAAAUUGCGUCGCAGCAAAAAGUUCCAGGCCAAAACUGCCAUGAAGAUAUUCUUUUUUAAAGAAGACGGCAUGCAACCUCUCCUGCAAGAGAUGGAAGACUUACAGACCCAAGAGUUUGGUCUUGUUGGGGCCGCGACGUUGGUAAUCGCUGGUCAACUUCAAGUGGCACUUGGUAACUUAUCAAGAGAUUUGACAGAGAGCCUAGUGAUUCAUUUUGGAAACGUCAUUACCCAGAAAGCUAUAGACCAGGCAGAGCCGAACAAAGAGAAGGAAAUUAAAUGGCGGAGAGAGACGUUGAUCGAGGUGCUGAUGUGGCCUCUAGACGACCUAAUCGUUGGCCUAGACGAAAAGGUGCCUAGAUGUGUCUGGGAGUCAAGCUGGCAACGCUACGUCGCUAAAGAGACUACCGAAGGUACUGGCAGAUGGCUCGAUUCAUGCAAGGUCUUCCAGGACUGGGCUGAGGGAAAGACUUCAGACACUACUGUUUUCGGAAUAGAGGGCGCCGAGGGCACUGGCAAGACGCAACUUGUAGCCAACAUCAUCGCACGCCUUAGAGAUAUGCACGGAAAGUCAGCACCUAUUGCAUACUACUUCUUGGAACCCGACUCAAAAGCUGGUGCUGUAUCUAAGGUUGGUGUCAGGGCUACCGUCACUCGCAGCCUGAUUUGGCAGCUUGCUGAAUCCUACUCGCCUUUUUUCAAAUCGGCUUCGGACAUAUGCACAAAGCACCACGCCAUACACGAUCCACUCGACAUGUGGAAAAAAACUCUGGUGAACAACACAGACUUCGUCGGUUGGAACACGACGUUCUUCAUCAUCCUCGAUGGCUUAGUCGGCCACGAUCACGCUAAAUUCUUCAGAGAGUUGCUGCAAUUACUAAGAAAGUCAUCGAUUGAAAGUCAAAGAAUUCGGAUACUAUUGACUGGUACUUCUGACUGGUUUUCUCGGAUAGACAGAGAGAAGAACCUUGGUUUACAGUCGAUCAAAUUAGGCAGAGACAACAUCAAGGACAUUGAAUUAUACAUCAACCAGCGCCUGAACCAGAUGGACUUGAUGCAAGAUCUAUCGAAUGUCGACGUUUCUGAACUGAGAAAAAAAAUAAUCGAAUCACUCAAGAUGGUCACUGCAGGAGACUACCGCAAGAUUGAUACCGUGUUGACGGAAAUUUCCGAAAAGGAUGACAGCCUACAAAUCGAUAAUUGUCUUAAGCAAGCAGGAACCGCUGCUGCGAAUCAAAUGAUCACAACCAUCCAAACAAUCAACCUUACAAGCUCUCCCAAUGAGAUAUCCGACAUGAAUGAGAUGAUGAUUUGGGUUAUGAAUGGGCGAAGCCGCUUAACGCCGCCCCAGCUGGAGGGAGCUUUGUCAUUGAAAGACGGCAAUUCAACAACACCGGCCCCAGAUGGGGAGCGAAGGACGCUUUUCAGAUCCCUCGAGUCUAGAAUCAGAGUUGGGAAGUACCCGAUCUUCAAGCUUACAAGCGCCGAGGAAGAGAUUGUGGUGACCUUCGUGGGUGCCACAAACAUCGAAGACGCGAAAAAGCGCAUUCUCGAAGCUAAUGAGAGAAGCGAUGAUGGGAAUGUCCAGAAUUUCCACCAAGCAGAGGUCAGAAUGAUCAAGCACUACCUGAGAACAGUCUGUCCUAGCGACGUGUACGACAAGUUUGGAUUUGAAGACUUUUUAUCCAAGAAACUCCCCCAGACUCGCAUUUCCCUCAAUUCAGGAAACGCAGAGAUAACUCUCGCAUUGCGCAGUCUCCAAUGCCUCGUCGAUGUGCCAACGGAAGUGACAGUGCUGCUUCACUCCUACGCAGCAGAUCACCUGUACUCGCACCUGUACCGAGCGGAACAUGGUGGCGACUCCUUGAAGGGUCCCGAGAAACAAGGGCAUCUCUCCUUGACGAAUAGAGAUCUCAGGACUCAGGUCGGGGUACUGCUCGUCAAGCUGUUGACCAAAAGUGAUGCCAUGAACUCGUUAUUUGGCAUCCGUCAACCUUUUCGUGAUGAAAGCCAGAGCGUCCUAGCACAGAGAGGUCUCCCCUCAAGUUGGAGACCUUGGCUUCAAGUUGACAAGGGACUUGAACUCAUGAAAAUAUAUUUCAGAGACGGAGCCGUUCUCCAAUGCAUCACGGGUGGUGAGUUAGUCGUGGCACAGAGUGUAGCAUGUGGCAAUGCAGUUUCGACGUUGUUGAAGGUGGCAAUCAAAAUGUCGGCAAACCUACUUCUUACGGCGGAUGCGAUGCCACGAGAGAUUGAGAAUGCCUUCUUGACUUCCAAGACUUCGAUGGAUCCUGAACAUGACUUUUGGAAUCCUAAGAUUGAGCGCGUGGCAAGGGUGGCGGCUUGGUCAUCACAAAAUUUCGCAACUAAAAAGUCCACAUCAACAAAGAAAGUAUGGAAAGCUCAUCUGGCGUUGAUUCUCCUUCGCCUCUAUCUCAACGAAAACAAGAAUGUCUCCAGAAAAGCUGUCGAGAAGAGUGCGCGCGAGGCCUGCGACACUGACGACAAGAAUUGGAAGGCGUUGUACACUCUUGCGCAAGUCACCGAGUCAAGAGACGAAGCGACCGAAAUUCUUGAAAAGAUCACUAAGAAUCUUUCCGCCAAAAAGGCUUGGACUGAUGAUUUGGCGAAAAGAAGGGUACUGGCCGAAAUGUACCUCGAGUUGGGCGAUAAGUUCUGGUUCUCAACUUCCUCGGAGAUGCAAGACCGUGCCAUUGCAGCGUACACCGAGAGUAUCAAGAUGGAUACUAGCUAUACUCAACGAUACUUGGGCGUGAUAUCACGUUUCACUGACAGAACGCUUUGGAAAGAUAUCGCAUCAUUGCUAGAGAUGCUCCUCGAAGGCCCCUCAAAAGCCUCUGGAGCACCUAUCGGCAAUCUUAUGUUGGCAGAGGACGAUUCUCGGUCGCUCGACGACAGCAUCACACGAACAGCUGAAGCACUGGGCCGCUGGGACUUGGCAAAAAAGGUCUAUGAGGAAGGAAUAAAAGCAGCCGCUCAAGACCACUGGUCAAAGUUCUUGGUGCGUUUUAGAUACGGGAAAGCUCUGAGGAAAUCGCUCGCCCUACAAGAUGAAGGGCUGAGAGUGUGGGAGACUGCAUUGGAACAAGAGGAGCCGGAACGUCGUGAUAUUUCCGGACCAUACGCUCUGGAGCAGUUGGUGCCAAAACUGAUGCCAAUUUACAUGGAAAAAGCCCUGGCCGAGGCCAAAACCCAAGCAUCGAUGUCGGCUUCCGUUCCCGAGCUCACAUUCUCCGCGAAAAUCAGUCGACUACACGAACGAUUUCAAAGCCUGGACUUAUACAAACCCCACGACUUGAGGAAUGGACUACACUUUUCGAGGUACUACAUUCGUACCGGAAAGGAUGAACUUGCGAAGGCAUUGGUCGGGGAUCUAUUGAAACAGACUCUGAAGAUGAUGUUCAACAACGAUCCCACGGAUGAUCAUGCUUGUUAUUGGCAGCUGCAGAUGAUCUUCACCACGUUUGAAGAUGAUGCAAACGCAUUGGCGGCUUGGAACAUGAUGGCAAUCUCCAAGAAGGACAGCUAUGACGAAUACUUCAGAAAACUUGGGCGAUGGCGAAAGAAAGUUGCUCGCUGGGAGGCCGCGAGACUUUCGAAGGUUGGCGAGAAAUCAGAAGGCGGCAACUUACUCGUGCCAUGCUCUACAGAAGAUGAGUCAUUGACCGAGAUUGAGGUCUCAGAAGACGAAUCGUCGAAGCCAACUGAGCCUACUGUCGGGUUCGGUGUCCAUUGCCAUGGUUGUAAUUACAAGUGGAAAUACCCUAGUGUUAUCUACACAUGCGCAGACGAUUGUGGGAGGGUUCAGUUUGACAAAAGUUGCUAUAAAAAGCUGAAAGCAGGCACCUUGGGAAACGACUUUUGUGACAAGGAUCACAAGUUCCUAGAGGUUCCCAAGCAAGACAUGAGGCAGGGGCUGGACUUGCCACUGGGCUCUGUUAUGGUAGGAGGGAGAAGGAUAACUUUAGAGGUCUGGAGAGAAGAGAUCAAGUCAAAAUACUUGGAUCACGGAGAGACGCGAUAG